AUGGCGCAGUUCCCUUUUACCGUGUCAGAACGCAUUGUUGAUGGCCAAUAUAUCCGCGAAUACCCACGGGCGACUGCCUCGCAAGAUGCGCGUUUGAGGCUGGCGGUGAAGAAGUAUGUUCCCGUCGACAACCCCCAUCCUCAACCUGGCGAUCUGACUAUCAUUGGAGCCCCUGGAGGCGGAUUUCCGAAGGAAUUGUAUGAGCCAUUAUGGGAAGACCUGCUUGCGAAGUGCAAACAAGCAGGGAUUCGAAUCGGAUCCAUCUGGACUGCAGAUGCAGCGAAUCUCGGUGAAAGUGGUGUUUUGAAUGAAGCACAAUUGGGAAACGAUCCAUCCUGGCUCGACCAUAGUCGCGACCUUCUAUAUAUGACCAACCAGUUUCGCGCUGAAAUGCCGCGACCGAUAAUUGGUGUCGGCCAUAGCAUGGGUGCCGGGCAACUCGUGCUUCUUUCUGUGAUGCAUCCUCGUCUAUUCACAUCUCUUGUGCUGGUCGAGCCGGUCAUCGUGCCCGAUACAUUCACCGGGUAUGGGCCUCUGCUAUCCAAGCUGUCGCUCAAACGGCGUGAUGUUUGGCCUUCGAGGUCCAUAGCCAUCCAAGCAGCUCGCAAGUCGCAUAAGAAAUGGGACAAACGCGUUUUUGAACGUUGGUGCUCCUACGGGUACCGCAGUCUUCCCACAGCCCUCUAUCCGCAGCCCCAAAGCAGCACACAAAGUCUUGAUGACGGGUCAGUCACAUUAGCCAGCACCAAGCACCAGGAAGUAGUGCAAUACAUCCGGCCAAACUUUGAGGGUCACAAAGCCGUUGGUCAAAUCUCCCCCACAGACCCUGUUUAUGAACCCCUGUUCCAGCCUGAUGUGAUUGGCCCUCCCUCGCGAACUACCCCCUUCUACCGCAGCGAGCCUGUCCUUUGCUGGAAGCUUCUUGAUCAUGUGCGUCCAUCGGUGCUUUAUGUAUUUGGUGGGACCAGCCCGAUAUCGAGAGCAGAGACUUGUGCGGAAUUGUUGCAGCGAACUGGCGCGGGCAUUGGGGGCAGCGGUGGAGCGUCGACGGGACAGGUGCUGUCGGUUCGCAUCCCGGGCUUUGGACAUCAAGUACCACUCGAAGAGGUCUCCAAGACCGCUUCGGCUAUCUUACAGUGGAUUCAGCCAGUCUUUCGGAAAUGGCUCGAGGAUGAGGUCCGUAUUGCGGAGAAUUGGGCAGACUUGCCGACGAAGGAUAAGUCAACCGUUUCGGUGGAAUGGACAUCACAGUUGGAAGCUGCUUGUAAGAUAUACGAGCCAAAGUCAAAGCUGUGA